AUGGCUCAAUCAAGGCAACUCUUUCUCUUCGGUGAUCAGACAGCGGACUUUGUUCCCAAGCUCCGCAGUCUACUGUCCGUCCAGGACAGCCCUAUUCUAGCCGCCUUUCUAGACCAGUCCCACUAUGUGGUGCGAGCCCAGACGCUGCAGAGCAUGAAUACGGUUGAUCACAAGUUUGCUCGAACCGCUGACCUGCGCCAAAUGGUGCAGAAGUAUGUCGACGGCAACCUGACCCCGGCAUUUCGAACCGCUCUAGUGUGCCUCUGCCAGUUGGGAUGCUUCAUCCGGGAAUAUGAGGAAUCUGGCAACAGGUACCCGCAGCCCAGUGACAGCUACGUUCUGGGAUUCUGCAUGGGUUCCUUGGCCGCUGUGGCGGUAAGCUGUAGUCGUUCCCUGUCAGAACUGCUGCCUAUCGCUGUACAAACUGUGUUGAUUGCCUUCCGCCUCGGCCUUUGCGCCCUGGAGAUGCGGGAUCGGGUGGAUGGCUGUAGCGACGAUCGAGGUGACCCUUGGUCUACCAUUGUCCGGGGUCUGGAUCCCCAGCAAGCUCGUGAUCAAAUUGGAGUGUUUUGUCAGACCACAAACGUGCCUCAGACAAGGCGCCCGUGGAUCAGCUGCAUCUCUAAGAAUGCCAUCACCCUAAGUGGCAGUCCAUCCACAUUGAGGGCGUUCUGUGCGAUGCCUGAGAUGUCCCAGCACCGGACUACCCCAAUUCCUAUCUGUUUACCAGCCCACAGUGGCGCCCUCUUCACGCAAGCAGAUAUCACUGCCAUACUAUACACGACGCCUACCAUUCCCUGGGAGCAACUGCCUGGCCAAAUACCUUAUAUUUCCCAUGUGACGGGAAAAAUAGUCCAGACUACCAAUUACCGGGACCUUAUGGAGGUAGCCCUGUCUGAGACUCUCUUGGAGCAAGUGCGGCUAGACCUCGUUGAGACUGGACUACCACGCCUUUUGCAAUCUUGUCGGGUCAAGAACGUCACCAUGGUACCAUUCUUGACUCGCAUGAAUAAGACCAUGAGCAGCAUUCUCUGA